AUCUGCGAACAGCACCUUCCCACAAUGACCACACCUCAAUCCACAGUAAUCCUAGGAGCAGGCAUCAUCGGCGUAUCCACUGCCUACUACCUCUCAAAAUCUUUACCAGGCUCUUCCAUCCAUCUCAUCGACCCCUCGCCCGAACUUUUCGCCUCUGCUUCUGGUAAAGCAGGAGGGUUCCUCGCUGCCGACUGGUUUGGUCCUGCGUCUGCACCACUUGGCUUGCUAUCUUUUGAACUCCAUAAGCAGCUUGCGGAUGAGUAUGGUGGGGCUGGGAAGUGGGGGUAUGCGAGAAGUACUGGUGCUUCGUUUGCUGAUGGUGAGGACUCUGUUGACGAGCAAGGUGAUGAUGGUGAGUGGUUAGAGAAUGGGAGGAGUAGAGCUGAGGUUGCUGGGACUCACGAGUUUGUUGAAGGUGAGGGGCCGGCGUGGUUGACGAGGAGGAAGAGUGAUGGGUAUGAUGUGAUAUCUGCGGAUGAGACAGUUGCUCAAGUAGAUCCUUUGAGAUUAUCACACUUUCUCUUGGAUGAAUGUAGGAAGAGAGGUGUACAAGUCCAUCGACCAGCAACGCCAACAUCCAUAAUCACGGAUAGCGGUAACACAAUCACUGCCAUCAACAUCAAACAAGAUAACGGCUCAGAAACACAGAGUAUAAUUCCCUUUCGCCAUGUCCUCCACUUGACCCUCAUGCUAACACAACAAACAGUCCCCUGCAUAUCACUUCUCUUUGCCUGCGGCGCCUGGACCCCAAAAGUCUUUUCGACACUCUUCCCCUCCUCACCCCUCAAACUCCCUGUCUCAGCCUUUGCAGGCCACAGCAUCGUCAUCUCCUCUCCCAACUGGACAGCCUCCCAUGAACCCGAUGGUUGCCACGCAAUCUUCAGUACCUCUUCCUCCGGCUUCAGCCCCGAACUCAUCAGUCGCAUAGGCGGAGAAAUUUACAUCGCAGGUCUAAACGACAGUACCAUUCCUUUACCUGAACUAGCCACAGAAGCAGAAAUUGAGNNGAGCGCUAUUGCAGAGUUGAAGAAGACGGCGGAGAGGAUGUGUGGGAUUCCAGGUAAAGAGAUUGAGGUUUUGAGGGAGGGGUUGUGCUUUAGACCCAUCACACCCAGAGGAGAACCUAUUUUGUGCAGGGUUGAUGAGAAGAAGUUGGGAGGUGUGAAUAGUCAGAGUGGUGUGUUUGUGGCUGCGGGACAUGGGCCUUGGGGUAUCUCGUUGAGUUUGGGGACUGGGUUGGUUAUGAGUGAGAUGAUUAGGGGUGUUAAGACUAGCUGUAAGGUCGGGAGGUUGGGUAUGCAGUAA